UCAGGACUAGUGAGAGACAGACCAACGUCAGUGUUAAGAUGCGGUAGUUGGAUGCCCUUAUCUGUUUUAUAGUGUUGAUUUUACUUGUGGGCAAAUGGGAAAUACACAAGGGAAAAGUACUGAAGGUAAGAUAUAAAUUAUAUCUCUGUUUUAUGUCGCAAGAAGGGCAAGCAUUCUUGAAAUUCAAGUGUGACAAGGUUAGUUGUGAAGAGUAAUUUUGCAUGACAAUGCGAAAGCUUGGGAAAAUUACGGAAUGGUCGUGUUUAUUUCGCAUUAUCCGGCUUAUAGGCGAGUUUGCUCCAUUUAUUUGGAGAACAAGGCCUUAAUCAAACGUACUGCUGUUCAUUUAAGUUAUUUCCCUGGAGUUUUCUUCGUAUACCUGGUAAAUAAUUCGCAGAGUAACGGGCUUUUGUUGUAAAAUACCUCUUGCAGCGUCACAAUAAAUUUCUGGUCUGUAUCGAUCGAUUUUAUCUGCCUGCAGCACAACUUGAUGUUGUCAUGUAAGUCACCAGGGCCGUAUAAGUCUGUUUGCCAGAUAAAAACAUAUGUACAUAAUGCGUAAGCUUUUUCAAACACAGAAAUCCACUCGCGAUUAUAGUUUGUUUAAACAAUAUGGAGAAUUUUACUGUUAUUGUAAGACUAGCAGCUUUGAUCGAGCAUUCGCAGAAUUCUUUUCAUUUCGAAUGUUUUCUGUCGUUUUAUCGCUUCAGCAAAAUUUUAAAUAUUGCAUUAAUACGAGAUUGAAUUUUCUCCCAGCUGAAAAAAAUCGCCAUCCGUAGCUCGCUAAUGACUAUUUAUCUCUCACAAUAUUUAUCAUCGAGAGUUCUUUACAUGUUUCCUCUUCAAGAAUUAGUCUGUCACUUACUAUGAUCAAUAUUUUCCUUUCCUUUAUUAUACUUUCAAUCUACUGACCUGUAAAAACAUACAUCAUCGCACUACUGUUUUAAUUUCCUUUUCCGCUGUGAUAGUACGUUUACUGUAAUGCGAUUUUUCAUGGGAGAUGCAUUAGCAACUUACGAAUUUAUUUCUUAGCCAAAUCCCGCUCUAACUUCGCUGGGAAUACUGAGCAUGUCAGUAACCUGGUUGGGAAAUUUAGUUUAAAAAUCUUCCUUUUUCUUCUUAAGAUUGCGGCGAUCUAGCAAUUGGAAAACCUAAAUUGGGUCUUGAAAAACCAUUCGUGCGUCUUAAAUGUAGCUUUUUCCGAGAUCUGGGAUUCCGUCUACAACAAUAUUGGUCACCAAAGCAUUUCGAACGUUCGAUCGUUGUCUUUUGCAACUGCUUUCGUGUUAAAUCCCUCUAUAAUCCCAGCUCUCAGUGGCGGAUAAUAUUCUAGAAUGUUUUCCGAGAGACAAGGAAAAUAGUGUUUCUGUACAAUUAAUCUUUUCUUUUUGUGAUUUCCUGCGAUUAAAUGUCGAGAAAUUCGACUCGCUCCUUAAUUAUUCAAAUGUAGCCUAAAGCCGUCAAACGAAGAAGCCGUCUAGCCGCGAAAAAACAGUUAAUUUCUCAAGAGUGUGUCGAAUAAUAUUGGUUUACGUCAAUAUUACUUCAGUGUUGAAAUAAGUUAUCUUUCAUAACUUAUGAUGAGCGCUUUUAAAGGAUAUACUUCGAACGAGAGAGAGUUGUUGUCGCAUGUUGGAGGAUGUUUUUAUAGAAUCAAUUUAAAUUUAAUCCCUCGCUAAGUGAUAUUUGGUGAAAUGAUUGCACAUUACGUUGGAACAUUCAGUGUAGAAGGUGCGUGAACUGAAUCUAACAUGGCAGUCUACCAAAUUUGCUUUUUGAAGCAUACUGCAUUUGGAAUGCUAGUUGAGAUGUUUACUACACGUUAUGACUUAUCUCUGACAGGCUUGUAAUUUCUCAUAUCGAUACCUCACUGAUUCAAUGAAAUUUGUACAUCAGGUUUUCAAACUUUGUGUUCAACAUGAGUAAAAUGAAAGCAGAUGCAUCGAUUUAUUUUAGUUUUUGCAUAAUCAUGGACACUAGUUUGAAAUGAUAUAUUUGAUCAAAGCUAUAUACACUAACAAAAGGCUGACAUACUUUGUAGAAAUAAUCAGCAGAAACUGUGAGCACAAACGGUACACUCUGAUUGAACCUAUUUAAUUUUCAUGUACACUUCUUUAAAAAAGUCUAUCAUAUUGAUAUUUUAUUUCUUUACUUAGCAUAUGAUUAUUUUGUUCUUCAAAAUUUGAGAUACACCUUAGUUUUUAUCAUUAAUGUGAAUCACUACUCUGUGUUGUCCAACUGAUUGUAAUUAUUGAAUAAUGCCUCAUGAUGAUCAAAUUGAACUGUUGCUAUGAUCAGCGAAAUAUUUAUAUCACUUGAUAUAUGAAGAUAAGUCAAAGUGAAGCUCCACUCAAUAGAAAUCAAUCAUGCAAUGAUUUUAACAAGUCCGAGAAUCAAUCUUAAGUAUUUAUUUUCAUACCAUGCAGUUAUAAGGUAUAGGAGACUAUGUAAUCUUGUGGUCUUAUUACUAUGAAUUCUGGAGCAAGUGAUCAAAGUCCUAAUGUUUCAAAUUUCCAAAUGAAUUUGAAGUAGUCCUCAACAUGUCUAGCCAAAGCUAGACAAACUCAGUUAAAAUCCAAUUGAAAACAAAACCACAAGAAAGAUUUGGAUUUAAUAAACUUGACUCAAAUCGACCUAUGUGAUAGUGAGUUGUGAUUCAUGCUUUAAAAUUCAUUUUGGUGAUUUCACUAAGGAAUUUUGGAGAACAAAAAUUUACAAUUGGGAUGUAAUACUGAGUUCACUUUUGAAUGCAGUUUGUAAUUGAUGAGAGUGCAAAAUUUGACCUGAACACAUGUAGACAGUGAGGCAUUUGUUUCAUUGGCUCACACAUGGUAAUUUCUGGUUGUAAAAUUCACUUGUUGUUCAUAAAUAUCUAGAAUAAUAAUUUCAAACAUGAAAUUACACUAGAUCUAUGCUUUUUUUACCCUUAACUUCCAUAGGUAGGGAGCUGUAAAAGUUAUGACAGUCGUAUUUUUUCCAACCCAAUUACAUGAUUGCACACACACUAAUGAGCUAAAUGUAGUUGCUGACACCAUUAUUUCACUAGAGAAAAUAAUUUUUAAAAAAAACGACUAAUACUGACUGAAAUUGAUAAAUAAUGGUAUGUUCACAUGUAGGUAUCAAAAGGCAACUUUCCCAGUGGGUAUUAAGUAUUGCAGGAUUAAAAAUCAGCAAGCUACUUGCAAGACUUGGAUUUUGUAUUGUGUUAGCGGACAAAUUUUAAUAAUUAUCUCUUUUGCUCUUUAUUAAAGAAUCACAAAUUUGAUUAAAUUGAAACCAUCAACAAUGAAAUGCCCUCAAGAAGUUUUUUUUAUCACCUAAUACAACCCAGACAAUAUGUAAUAAGUAGCAGUUGAAAUCAAUAGCUAUGAAAAAUGAACUUAGUGGGAGCAAAUGCUUUUCAUAUUUUAUGGAAUUCAUCACCUGAAUUUGAUAAUCUAGUUAUCACCCUUUUAGAGUUAAGUCUUUAAAUCUUUGAUAACUAAUUAUUUCAGAGACCUAAAUAACCUGUCACAGGUACUGGACAAAAGAAAAGAUAUUAAUUUUCAAUGCACUAAUUUGCAGAAAAGAAUUGAACAGAAAAGUUUCUGAACACCAACAAUGUCAUGUAAAGCAUAAAAUAAUGCCAUGCUUUCCCAUGUCUCCUCAAUGACCUCUUUUGAGAAGAACAACAGGUAAAUGAAGGUUCCUCCCUCUCCUGCAAAGCUCUUUGGAUUAAAUCUGUUGAUCUCGUACUUAGCUCUGUCAAUCCACCCUGAUUAUGCUACAAUGUUAUUUCCCAAGGGAGGAAAAGUUACUCUACAUGAAUUAAUCUCCAACUUACAAUUGUCAUUGUCAUCAUGAGAGAAAUAAAUUUAAUAUCAAAUAAAUGAGGUAAUCUUAAGGGGCAAUGUAACUUCUUUAUAUCACACUAUUUCUGUGCUUGUGGUGCUGUAUAAAUAUAUGUGAGAAGCUGACUACCCUCUGCAAUAAAAUAUCUUGAUUGAAAAAAGAGGUAUCUUUGACUAAAAAAUGUCCACACAUUCAAUGAGUGGCUUUCUACAACAUAUAUGAGGUGUAUUGGUGUAACUAUUAAUACAGUUUGACCUGUGUAAGGCAAGUGGCAGGUUAUUACUUAUGCUUGGGAGCACCUACACUAAAUUCCCUGUUACUAAGGUUUUAAGUAGCCGGAGCCUUUUUAAAGAUAAAUGGUUGUGGGUCUCAAAAUCCAACAUGGUGGACAAAACGUCAUAUUGUUCAUACUUUUUUGCCACUGCAGCAAGAUUUUUCAAAAAGACAGUCCCCAUCAGAACAUUUUUAAAUGAACCUUGAGUCAGAAGUCUUUUUAUGUUUUCAGAAAAGAUAAGCAGUGCAAAUUUAUAUUUUUAUUGAGCCCAAGUUUAGACCUGAUAAACAUCAUCUCUGUACAGGCUCUCGAAGCAAUGAAAGUAGCCAGUGAAACCUUGCAGAGAAGUCAGUGUACUUUGCUGGCUGCUGGCUCUUAUCUACAACCCUGUACUGUAGCCCUUGAUAAAAGACCUCAGCUGAUUGUAAAGUUGAUUUCUGUUCUGAAUUAAUUAUUCUAAUAAAGUAAAAUUGUUCUAAAUUGAUGAAGCAAUCAAAAGCCCAAGAAGUCAAGAAUUCUAAAUCUAUAUGUAUGAAAGCUAGGAGAAUAUGUUACUUAGAUUUCUUAUUAUUUUUCUGUUGUAAAUUUUUUUACAGCAAAAUCUUUUGAGUUUUUAAAGUGAGUACUCUAAAUCACAGAGUACACUUAAUGUGUCCUGAGCCUUUAAAGUGUUCCUCAUUCUUUUAUUACGAAUGAGCUUGUAUUCCUCAAAGUGUGAUCACUUGGUAUGGGAGUACUCAGCUAAUUUCCUGUUUUGUUUCAGAUAAAGACAAAAGAAGGAAAGGAAAGACAUCUAAGAGUUCUCCUGCCAAUGAAUUUUCUCCCACACCAAAGCGAAGUUCCACUUCAAAUGGUUCUGUAGGAAUAAACAGCAACCAUAGGACUAGAGAAAGUUCAAUUCAUUUGCCUCUGAAGGAAUACGAAGUUCCAGAUUUCUUGAAAGAUACCCAGCAACAGCGUUGGCAUGAAAAUGGGGCAUCUCCAGUGGUCAAAAGGGACCUAAAAGACCCGGAUUUUUCCUCUAAUGGUGGACAGGGGCUUAUGAUUCCUAGUGAGGAACUAGUGGUGCCUGAGUUUCUUAGAAACAGUGAAGGUAGACAAGGACAUAACAAGUUACGGCAUGGUGGAAGCUCCACUUCUGUUGCCAGCAAAUUUGGGGGCGCUCAGGGAAAUGUAAGAAAUGAAAGCAGAGCAAGAACUGCAGAAAGGGCUGACAGACAGAGACUUACUAAUGGUGAUACAAAAAUAGACAGUAAUGGCAUGAGAGACUUUGUUACCAUGAAUGGAGAGCAGAAAGUUCGCAGUCACUUGCAGGGUGCUGUUGCAGCCUUUAAACCAGAUCAGGAAACAAGAAUAGGGCAAAAACAAACUCCUGACUUUCAAAAAAGGUUAAACAGAGCCUCAACAGUUGACUCACCUGAUAAAAUUGCUCAACUGGGGCAAAACAUGAGAGAAAAUUUGAACUCAAAGACAAGUUCAGACACUGACAGUGAUUUCAAGGCAAGGAAUAGAAUAAUGUUUGUUGACAUGGAGAAAAGAGAGGAAUUAGGAGCAUACGAUGAUGCUUCCUUGAAAAGAAAAUACAAGAAAGGAGGCAAUAAGAGUAAAAACAAAGGACAAAAUGGUAUGAAAGACACUUCAGAAGUUUCACAGAGAAUUGUGGCUUCUGCUAAGGUGCAGAUGGAUCCUGGUGGAAGGCGCAAAUCAAACAACUGGCCUGCAGACACUGAUAGUGUCCAGAGCACUUCUUCACAGUCUUUUACUGAACCUAUUUCCACAAUGUCCUCUGAGAAAGAUAAAUUUAGUGUUUCAGUGAGAGAUCAUGGGAACCUUGUGUUAAAAGGUGGUUUGUCAAAUGGACUUCUUUCUUCCUUCAGAAAAUUACCUGGAGCUGCCAGUGAGGAUGCAGAUUCACUGCCUUCUACACAAAGAAGUAGUAAACUUAAUACCAGUCUUGGUUAUAAUGAAAGUUCACCUGAGGAAGACCUUCGUAAAGUUAAAAGGAAGGACUCUUUGCAAGCUCAUUUACGAAACAGGAUUACAAAAUUGGAAAAAGUGAAGCCACCUCUGCCCAGAGCAAGAUAUGACAGUGACUCCACAACUAUCAGUGAUCACAGUGCUUUUGGAGAUGUCCAUAUAUUUCCACAUUCCCCCAGAAGAAAGUCAAAUUUUGGGUUGAUGACUUUGAAUGAUCUUCCAGAAGAUAUUUUGAUUUUUAUUUUAUCUUAUUUGUCAACAAAAGAUCUUUGCAUGGCAUCAGGUGUUUGUCAGAAAUGGCAGACACUCUGUUGGGAUCCACUGCUUUGGUCGAACAUUCAAAUCUCCAAUUAUCAAGGAAGCGACAUCAACAAAGUUUUGCGGAAUCUACUGGCAAGACUAGCCAUGGACACUCAGGGUUACUGUAUGACAGUACAUUCAAUAAAGUUAAAUGGUUGUGAGCUACUGUCUGAUAAAGGACUGGGUUUUGUUGCUCGGUUUUGCAUAGAUUUAGAGGAGCUUGAUGUGUCUGGUUGUUGCUGUAUCACAAGUAAAGGUCUUCAUGACAUUUUAUUGAAUUGUCAAACUCUGACUCAUCUUGACACAAGUGGCUGUACUUGUGUGAAUAAUAUAUCAGCUCCAGUAGCAAAUGGAUUUGGUGUGGGACAUCAUGGGUCAUUCCUUCAGUUGCGACAUUUGGACCUAAGCGAUUGUGUGGCAUUUGAUGACUUGGGUUUGAGAGUUGUGGGUCUCAGUUGUGGUUUGCUUGAAAGCUUGUAUCUGCGCAGGUGCAAUCGUGUGACAGAUGUUGGCAUCAAGCAUAUUGCACAGCACUGCAGUAAUCUCAAAGAGCUCAGUGUCAGUGAUUGCUUCAAAGUGAGAGAUUUUAGUCUGAAGGAAGUUGCCAAGAAUUGUCCAAGUCUCAAGUACCUCAGUGUGGCAAAAUGUCCUAUAACAGAUACAGCAAUGAAGUAUAUUGGAAAGCACUGUGUCAAAUUAAAGUACUUGAACAUCAGAGGAUGUGAAGCUGUUUCUGAUAUUGGAAUGACGCACAUUGUUCAAAAUUGCUUGAAACUGCGGUCUCUUGAUGCAGGAAAGUGUGAUAUUACAGACAAUGGACUUCACAUGAUUGGCAUUCAUUGUCCUCAGCUUAAGAAAUUGAGUAUACGAGGAUGUGACCGCAUUACCAAUACUGGGGUGAGAACUAUUGCAGCUCAGUGUUGCAGUGUGCAGUACCUGAACUUGCAAGAAUGCAACCUCAGUUAUGAGACUUUUAUGUACAUAAGGGAACAUUGCAAAAAUUGUGUCAUUGAACAUACAUGCCCUGCAUUUUUCUAA